AAUUUGCAAUCAUAACCGAAUGCUAGUUCCAUUUUGAUUUCUAUAAAUUGCUAUAUCUUUGUUUCCAUGCGUCAGGCUUGUUUGUAAACAAAGCUCGGGCAACGUAGCUUGCACUGCACACGUGUGGCUAAAUGCAAAACAUGUCGCACGUACCUGAAUGUCCGACCUACCUCAAACUGCACCAGCCUACGUUGUUAGAUAGUUGGAUGUGUCUUGUAAUAUAUGAGGGUCGACAUUUAAACCUACAACAGCUGCAAAAAUAUAGUUUAAAUGGCAAAACGCCACGGUUUCAGGUCGUCUACUGUUCCCUACACGUCAUCUGUCUGCGACGCUACGGGAAUUGUGAGGUGGCAGCUAGCUAGGUAGCGGACCUACCUCCGACAUGUCUGCCAUAUUUAACUUCCAGAGCCUGCUGACAGUGAUCCUAUUGCUCAUUUGUACCUGUGCCUAUCUCAGAGCCAUGGCACCCAGUCUCCUGGACAAGAACAAGACCGGCCUCUUGGGUAUCUUCUGGAAAUGUGCUAGAAUAGGUGAGAGGAAGAGUCCGUACGUGGCGGUUUGUUGUGUCGUCAUGGCCCUCUCCAUCCUCUUCUCCGACUAGCAACCCACCCUGCCCCGCCACGCCCUGCACACUGGGAUUCCUAGUGGCAGAAUAAAGAAGACUGAGUCAUUCAGGAGAAGCAACAGCAGUAUCUCCACUCUCAGAGGCCUGUAUGGGACACAGCUGUGUUUCUUUUCGGUGGGGUGCCGUGGGGGGCGCGGUUAAUGUUCUGUAGUAACACAUAGGGACCCACUCUAGAGAAGAUCACAAGCCUCCUUCUCCAUCACUCCCUCAUCCUUCUGGUGGCCAUUUCACAGUUUAGCCUCAAUCAGUUGUUAACCAACGGCCUCCUGGAUCUCUCUGUAAACACUGACAGUUGUUGUCCUCUGAUAUUAACCGUAGGGAUUGCCCCAUGUUUUUCACUGCACUCUGAUUUGUAAUGAGGUCCAUAUGGUAGAUGGACAGAUUUUGGGGAGGAGUGUUUUGAGGAGUUGACUGUUUUUCUGUACAUAAGACUCCAUUGAUUAGACUAUUGGACAGUUGUGCCUUUCUGUAACCCAGGAUUGUUUUUUUCAUUGAUCACUGGGGGUAUGUCACGAAGUGGCUAAAUUUCAAAAACAUUAACCCCGUAUUCAACUUAAAUUAUCAUUCAGAAAAUAAGUAUUUGAUUAGUGUAAACUAGCUAACUGAUCCUGUUUGGUGAAACGCGACCCUGUGGUAGUGUUCCAUGUUGUCUUUUUUUUUUUAUUCCAUGUUGUCUUUUUUUAUUCCAUGUUGUCUUUUUUUUUAUUCCAUGUUGUCUUUUUUUUAUUCCAUGUUGUCUUUUUUUUGUUGCAGUCGUGAGAUUUGAUGGUCUGUGCAGCGCGACAGGCUGUGAGGCUGAUACCUAAAGCUUAUUAAAGAUCAGUGAUACCAUCAAGA